AUGGAUCUUGUCGCCGGUGUUCGCAAGGAAGGCAGCCGCGGCGGCCACGGCGACUUCAAAUGGUCUGACGUGAAAGACUCCUCGCACCGUGAAAACUACCUCGGUCAUUCUCUUAUGGCACCUGUUGGUCGAUGGCAACAGGGUAAAGAUUUACAAUGGUAUGCACGCGGGGAAGAUGAUGCCGAGGACGCAGCUAUGAAAGAGCGCGAGGAACGGCAGCGCGUCAAAGCAGCGGAGGAUGAGGCCAUGGCGCGAGCAUUGGGUCUUCCGCUGCCAUCUCAGAACGCGAACCUGACGCCUUUGGGUGGUGAUGAGAAUCCACCUGCGGCAAUUAACAGAGAUUCAACGGAGGGGAAGACAAGAGACCGGGACUCGAAAGAUAACCGAAGGCGAAGGCGCGAACGCACACGGAGUCCUAGGAGGGAUCGUGACGGGGAACGCAGCCACCACCGACGACAUGAUGAACGCGAUCAUCGAAGUCACCGCAGCCGUAGGCGUAGGUCGAGAUCGAGGUCGGCCGAUCGGGACAGGGAGCGCCAUAAAAGGUCACACCCAAGAUCGAGGAGUAGAGAAAGAAGCGACAGAGAUAGGCACGCCAGACGCCGCGAUGACCGACCGCGCAGACCCCGGGAAGAGGAUUCCCACCACUCACGACAUUAA